UCGUGUGGAUUCUCUUCUCGCUGGCGCGACCUAGCUGAUGAGGACAAACUUUUGUUCCAUUUCCCAUAGGCCCGACUCCUCCGUGGCUCUACCAAGCUUGUCCCAGCCUGCGACUCCAUUUACAUUUACACCACAACAAGCACAUCGUCAUUUGAGUUUGUCAGGUCGAGGGGUUGUGUGAUCGCCAUGCGGGCCUCCUCAUAACAUGUAUAUUUACCUGGGGCCCCUUACUCUACGGUAAUUGAAAUUCUUCUCAUCCACAGCCCUGGAUCAGUUUUGACUUGCAGUUUCUUUAAGUCCUGGACCGCCUCGUCCCUUUUCGUAAGGAUAUCGCCAUUCUUACAUCGUCCCCCAUCGAGACUCCACCAUGAGCUUCAACCAUGACGAAGAGCAUGGCGCCGGCCACACCGGCCGCCAUAUGAGCGUGUCCAACUAUGCCGGCAACUUGGGUGCUCCAACCUACGACACGUCCCGCAGAAGAUCAUCCAUUGUACCCGCUGCUGCCGUCGGGGCCACCACCGACGAGGUCAUCUUCAACCAGAAGGAUGAGACCCUUCGCAAGAUGUCCGUCGCCGUUCCCAACUUGGCCGAGCUCUCUGCCGAUGCCAAAGCUGCCGCCGAUCUGGAGCACUCUUUGGGCUUCCGUGAGGGCUGCAAACUCUACCCCAAGGCCAUCAUGUUCUCCUUUUGCCUGUCGCUAGCCGUUAUCAUGGAGGGUUAUGACACCUAUCUCCUGGGAAAUUUCUUUGGAAACCAAUCUUUCGCUCGCAAGUUCGGUGGGCCUGGUCCUAUCAAAGACGGCGUGCAGACAUAUGAAGUUUCUGCGAGCUGGCAGAGCGCCCUCGGUAACGGUAGCGCUGCUGCCCAGAUCAUUGGUCUCUUCCUCAACGGAAUCAUCUCUGAGAGAAUCGGCUACCGCUGGACCAUGAUAGGUGCUCUUUUCUUCAUUUGUGGCACUAUCUUCAUCACCUUCUUUGCCGUCAACGUCCAAAUGUUACUGGCUGGUUAUGUCCUUUCGGGCCUGCCAUGGGGCGUUUUCCAGACACUCACCACAACAUAUGCCGCCGAAGUGACCCCCGUACCUCUCCGGCCUUACCUCACCACCUACGUCAACCUGUGUUGGGUCAUCGGCCAGCUAAUCGCCGCUGGUAUCCUCAAAGCCUUUGUCAACGUUAGUGAUGAAUGGGCUUACCGCAUUCCUUAUGCCAUUCAAUGGGUCUGGCCUCUUCCCAUUGCGCUCACUGCCUUCCUCGCCCCCGAAUCACCUUGGUGGUUGGUGCGGCACGGCAAGCUCGACCAGGCACGCGCCGCUUUGCUCAAGCUCACUUCUAAGAAAAAUGUCAACUUCAAUGUUGAGGACACUCUGGCCAUGAUGAUCCACACCAACGAGCUUGAAAUUCAACAGACGGCCGGUACCUCUUACCUCGACUGCUUCAAGGGUGUCGACCUCCGUCGAACCGAGGUCACUUGCGUCACCUGGCUCAUUCAGCAGACUUCUGGCUCGCCCAUGAUCGGAUGGGGUACUUACUUUAUGAUUCAAGCUGGCUUGAGCGAUGCCAAUGCUUACUCUCUCGGUGUUGGCCAGUCUGCCAUGGGCUUCUGCGGCACCGUUCUCUCUUGGUUCCUGAUGCCUCACUUUGGCCGUCGAACUCUGUACAUUGCGGGACAGAUAGUCAUGUUUGUCAUUCUCAUGAUCAUCGGCGGACUCGGAGUGCCUGGCUUGUCCACCAGUAUUGGUUGGGCAUCUGGUGCCUUGAUUUUGAUUCUCACUUUCGUCUAUGAUUUCACCGUCGGACCCGUCUGCUAUUCUUUGGUGGCAGAGCUUCCUUCCACUCGUCUUCGAAUCAAGACCGUCGUUUUGUCUCGAAAUGUAUACAACAUCAUGGGCAUUGUCAUUGGAACUCUCCAACCCCGCAUGAUGAACCCUACUGCUUGGAAUUGGCGCGGCAAGACUUGCUUCUUCUGGGGAGGUCUUAAUUUGCUUGGUCUGAUCUGGACCUAUUUCCGCCUUCCAGAGCCAAAGGGUCUUACUUACGCUGAAUUGGAUGUCUUGUUCGAGAACAAGGUCUCUGCUCGCAAGUUCAAGAGUGUCAAGGUUGAUCCCUACCGCUCUGACAACUUGGUUAUUGUGCCAGAUGAUGAGGGAAGCUCUCACGAUGCCACGGAGAAGAAGGGGUUCUGAUCGUCUGAUUCCAAGCCAAGAGAUACCAUGUGAUGAGUCCUGGUGGCUCGAGAUUAUGUCGAUACCAUCUGUCAAUGGCCAGAUAAUGUGUUCUUUGUCUCUCAUACUUGUGUACUCAAUUCUCGCACGCGAUACUUCUGACAGCAACAUAUGUAAAUCAUAUCACGAAUCUUCGAUUCGCAAAGUCUGCGUAGGUGUG